AUGAGGCCAACGCGUUCUCUAUGGGCGCUCCUCGCCCUCGUCGCGGUCGCCUGUGCCGCUCACACGUCCAAUUGGGCCGUCCUGGUCUCUACGUCUCGCUUCUGGUUCAACUACCGGCACCUGGCCAACACGCUCUCGCUCUACCGCACCGUCAAGCGUCUCGGUAUCCCCGACUCCCAAAUCCUGCUCCUGCUCCCCGACGACAUGGCUUGCAACCCGCGUAACGCCUUCUCCGGCACCGUCUACUCCAACGCGGACCGCCGCAUGGACCUGUACGGCGAGAACGUCGAGGUUGACUACCGCGGCUACGAGGUCACGGUCGAGAACUUCAUCCGCCUGCUGACCGACCGCUGGGAGGAGGGCGUACCCGCGAGCAAGCGACUACAAACGGACGAGGGCAGCAACAUUCUGAUCUACAUGACGGGCCACGGGGGCAGUGAGUUCCUCAAGUUCCAGGACAGCGAGGAGAUUUCGAGCUGGGACCUGGCGGACGCGUUUUCGCAGAUGCGGGAGAAGAAGCGGUACAACGAGAUGCUGUUCAUGAUCGACACGUGCCAGGCGAAUACGCUCUAUCGACAAUUCUACGCGCCGGGGAUCAUUGCCACGGGGUCCUCGGAGGAAGACGAGAGUUCGUACUCGCACCAUGCAGACAACGAUGUGGGCGUGGCGGUCAUUGACCGAUGGACAUACUACGUCCUGGAGUUCUUGGAGACGCAAGUCACGGGGCCGACGUCGGACAAGACGUUGGGGGAUCUGUUCGACAGUUACGACGUGCAGAAGAUCCAUUCGAAUCCUGGAGUGCGGUGGGAUCUGUUCCCCGGUGGAGAGCAAGCAGGGCGGAGUCGACGGGUCGUGGACUUUUUUGGGAAUGUCCAAAGCGUCGAGAUCCAGGGCAACCGAUCGGGUGUUGAGAGCCUGAAAGAGGAUAUCGAGGGGUUGAAACGGCUGGUACAAGAAUACGAGGCUUUUGCGGCCGCGCAGGAGAGCAACACGACGCACAUGUCUGAUGUUUUGCAGCGAAGAACGAGCGAGACCCCUGAGACUCCCAGCAGAAGGGGCUCGUCGAGGCGAGACACAGUCGGGAGAAUGAAGGUGACAGAGAACACACAGUGGGCUCGAAAAGUUGCCGGCGUCACUGUUCUUUCUGGCCUCGCAGCACUGUGGUAUUUCGCUCCAAAACUUGUUUGA